GUCUUCACUACAGGAAAUGGCAGAGGCACUGGCGUGAGGACAAAAAGGAAACUCUAGGAAGCAAGAAAACUACAUGAGUCAAGAAGGGAAAUUCCUGUUUCUGCACAAGGAUGCUGGUCUAUAAAAUGCUCCUGGUACACUCUUGAGGUCCAGCCUUCUCACUGCUCUCUGCACAGAGUAUCAAAGCCAAGCAGCAGCUGCCGCCGUGAUGGACAUGAAGGGCAUGAUGGCCAUAGCCUUGGCUGUUAUCAUCGGUGCUACAACUGUUCAAGGCUUCAGUAUGUUCAAAGGGGGGCGCUGUCUUUGCAUAGAGCCCUUAGCAAAAGCAGUCAAGAUAGCAGACAUUGAGACAGCCACCGUACUUUACCCAAGUAACCGCUGCAACAAAGUUGAAGUGAUUGUUACCCUGAAAUCACAAAAAAGACAAAGAUGCCUGGACCCCAAAUCAAAGCAAGCCCGCCUCAUACAGGCAAUGAAUGAAAAGAAAUCUUUAAGGCGGCGAAACAUGUGAAGUCCUGGGUGG